UAGCAGCUUGCGGCUAGCUGGCUACAGAGGAAGGCACAGCACCGAGGGAUCCUCUUCAGACACCACCCCGAGUCAAAGACUGUCCGCUCGCAUACAGUUCUGUCAGUAAAGUCCAGAUGCAUGAGUCUCGGUCAGAACCGACAAGCCACACCAUUCAAGCUAGUCAGACUGAAAACGGGAAUCAUACUGAGAAUGAGAGUCGACUGAGGAGUGGCCAGACUCCUCCUCCAGAGGCGCCAAGGUGCCCAGACAGACUUUUCAAUGGAGACUAUCAGGUUCCAGUGUCGUUGCCCAUGAUGACCCCACCAGCAGAAGCUCCACAGCAGCUGCAGCAGACACCACAGCAGCAGAUCCUCACUCCUCAGCAGCUCCAAGCCCUGCUCCAGCAGCAGAAAGCACUCAUGUUACACCAGCAACAAAUUCAAGAGGUCUUCAAGAAUCAGCAAGAGCAGCUAAAUAUGCAGCUGCUGCAACAUAAGAAUGCUGGGAUUGUUAGUCAAGAGCUGACGGCCCAGCAGAUUGCCAUCCAGCAGCAGCUGCUUCAGGUGCAGCAGCAGCAUCUUCUCAACCUGCAGAGGCAAGGCCUGCUGUCUGUCCUCCCCACCAGCCCCGCUGCAGCCCCAGGCUGCGAGAAUGGUAGCAUCAUGUCCCCCGGUGGAGACACCCGAGAGUCUUCCAGUCAGAAAUCUACCGCAAACGGCCAUCAAACGCUUCUGAAGAGGAAAGAAAGUGGAUCACUGGAUGAUAACACACAGAACAGCCAUCCUCUGUAUGGAAAUGGCAUGUGUAAAUGGCCUGGCUGUGAGACCGUCUUUGGAGACUUUCAGGCAUUUCUCAAACAUUUAAACAGUGAGCACACACUGGAUGACAAGAGUACAGCACAGUGCCGUGUGCAGAUGCAAGUGGUCCAGCAGUUGGAACUGCAGCUGAAGAAGGAUAAGGAGCGACUGCAAGCUAUGAUGGCUCACCUGAAGUCCUCUGAACCCAAACCUGCAGCCCAGCCUGUGAAUAUGGUGUCUAAUGUAUCAUUCUCCCAGGCAACAUUACCCAAAGGCCCGCCUCCUAUGAGCCUUUCUCAGAGUGCCACAGCACCAUCCACACCCUUGACGCCUCACUCUGAAUCCCCUUCAGUCCUCACUCCCAAUAGCAUGUUCACUGGAACCCCUGUACGCAGGCGAUACAGCCGCUCUGUGAGCCAAGGUAUCGAUAUAAUUGACAAUAAGGAAUUCUACUUGAGCACAGAAGUUAGACCUCCAUUUACAUAUGCUUCUCUCAUAAGACAGGCUAUUUUUGAAUCCCCUCGCACUCAGCUGACAUUAAAUGAAAUCUACAACUGGUUCACAAGAAACUUUGCGUAUUUCCGGCGCAAUGCAGCAACGUGGAAGAAUGCAGUUAGACAUAAUCUAAGUCUCCACAAGUGCUUUGUACGUUUGGAGAACGUGAAGGGAGCUGUGUGGACGGUAGAUGAGAUUGAGUUUCACAGAAGGCGGCCCCAGAAAGCUGCGGGUAAUGGAUCUCUGCUGAAGAACUCCCAGAACCGCCAGACCUUAGCUGGGUCUGCCCUACAGAGUGGUGGUCUAGACAGCAACAACUCUUUCUUCAACCCAGCCUCUAUGGGCAGCAUCCCGUUGCACUCCCUGCCUCAUGUUCUCCAGGAGCAGAUGAAUGGAGCCCUUGCUAAUGGAUCUGGAUACCAAAGUGACAGCAGUGCAACACAGUCCCCUCCACAGGCUUUCAUUAAAGAAGAGCAGGAGGACGAGGAGAUAUGUGAAAACUAUCCCUACGAGUCCCCGGAGAGCACAGACGAGCACGGCCACAGCCCAGAGAUGAACCGAGAUGAAGACAACGGUAGCCCAGAAAGGCCCAACCUUCAUCUUGACCGCGUGCCUUCUCUCUGACUGUGAGGUUCUCCGCUACAAGGCCGCCUCACUCCCAGUCUGUGUCAUAUUCCAAAAACCACAGCUCUAUUUACGUAACCAAACAUUCUGUUCUUGGGGAAUUUUCAUUCUGGUAUUUAUCAGCAUUUGUUUUUUUGUUGUUUUUUUUUUUUUCCCAGUUCUUUUUGUACAGUUGAGUGAGAUCACAAAAACACAUCUGUGAAACUGUCUGUGAUUUUUCUUAUUUUGAUAUAUCUCUACACAAAAGGACCAUGACGAGCAGAAAAGCCAAAGGUUAGGGAACAGCGAUAAUUAGCACUUAACGGUGAAAGUUUGCCCCCUCUUCGUAGCUACUUUAUGCUAUGCUGAGGUCACACUACCUGAUUUUAUUUUAGUAGUCAUGACAAUUUCUAGGAGAUGUUUUAAAAAAGACGUUGCUUUAAAGAUAAAAAUGUUCACUGCCAACACGAUCUGAUAUAUUUGUAUUUAAGGUAUAAACAGUUGAUCAAAAGAGAAUACGUAGCUUCUUUAUACUUGCUGGUCUUUUCCACCCUUUCCAUGAACAUUGCUGAAUUUUGCUCGAACUGAGCUUGUAAGAGUAGAUACUAUAGAUUUACCAUUAUUGUAAACAAAUGCAUCUCUAUGAAUAAUAAAUUCCUCAUGAUAUAUGUGAACAAA